AUGAUUGCAAAUAAUCAGGAUAGUCAUGAUCAAGAGGAAUCCAUGAGAGAAAAUCUGGAGCAGAUUGAAGAUCCAGACGCAGAAGAGUCUCUCUCAUUCUGUGAUCUACCCAUUUAUGAUAAAUCAGAAGCAUCAACAACAACAACAACAACUACCAAUUGGGAUGGAAAUGAUGAUGAUGAUCCACGGCGUAUGUCUACCGAUCAAGAACUGUUCGAGUUCUUAUCUGAUCUGAAAGCUGAUAUAUGCCCUGCUGAUGAUAUAAUCUUCUGUGGUAAGCUCAUUUCCUAUAAGGAGAAAGAAUGUCACCAUGAGGAAGACAAGAAUCCUAAUCUUGAUGUCUUUGCUUAUGAUUAUGAUGAUGAUGAUGAUAAUGGAAAUCAGACUUGUACAAUUAAGAGCUUCUUCUGUCUCCGACAACGACAACGACGAUCAGAAUCUUUGAGAUCUCAAUCGCAUGCCAAAGACCGGUUGAUGCGAAUCAAUUAUCAUCAAUUACAAAGAGUUUCGAGCUCAACGAAGACGCCGGUGGAGCCAAUUGAUCGGUAUAUGGCCGGUAAGUGUUCCGGAAAGGCGAAUUCUUCUUCUCUUCCCACAUCAACGACUCCGGCGAGACCUAGCUGGCCCUUGUUGAUGUUUGGAAUGGUGAAUGUUCCCAAGGAGAUGCAGUUGAAGGAUAUAAGAAAUAGGCAAAAUCGCCGGAAUCCAACAUUGUUACCGGAAUUUAUUUCCGGCGGUGACAGAGAGAAGGUUAGUGUUAGGAGGGAGAAAGAGAAGGGGUCUUGGAGAUUGCGAAGAGCGUUGAGCUGCAGGGGACAUGGAAGUGCUGCGGUGACUGCUUCUUGA